AUGCGUCGUGUUACCGACAUUCUUGCUCAGUGCUGUCACAGCGCUGUGCGUUCAAUACGUCACGCUUCAUCAUCACAUGGCCGUCUUUGUCACAGUUCCAAGUUCGAACGUCUGAAAAACGGUCCCCAUGCACAGUAUGCCGUGUACAUAUACCAAACAGACGUUCUCUACACUGCCGGUUUUUCCUCUUUUGAACCUCAUACAACCUUCUUCAUGCAUAGUGGCCUCCGAUGCUGCAUACGUUCACCUCACAGAUGUCAUGUUUGCCUGCAUGCCAGAGACCCGUGGCCCUUGCGGUACUGA